AAUGGCUUUGUAGGCUCGCACGUCGCCAAAGCCUUUUUGGAUCACGGCUGGAAUGUCGUGGGAAGUGUACGAUCAGCUCAAAAAGGGGAAGAUCUCCUCGGCCGGGUUGAAUUUGCCAAAGCAGCCGAAGAGAAACGUAUAAGUUAUACUGUGAUUGAGGAUCUCACCACCUCUGAUUUUACUCAAGCACUCGAAGGUGUCGAUGCUCUGGCGCACACCGCUAGUCCGUUCCACUUGAACGGAAAAGCAUUUUCUGAAUACGCUAUUCCUGCUAUUACUGGAACCUCAAACGUUCUCAACGCCGCCAAAAGUUGCUCAAAGAUCAAGGCCGUUGUUGUUACUUCCUCCUGUGCUGCCGUCCUGAACUUCAAACCGCAAGAGAAGCGAAAUGGGAAGACCUACACUGAAGCAGAUUGGCUUCCAGUCAAUUACGAAGAAGCUGAGGCACAAGAUAAUCCGAGUGUAUGGUAUUGUGCUUCAAAAAAAUACGCUGAGAAAAAAGGCAAGACCCCAGGCUCAAACGGGACCCCUUGGAGUCUUGCAACAAUAUGUCCACCCAUGGUCUUUGGUCCCAUUCUCCACACUUCGAAUCUUAAGAGCCUCAACGAGUCCUCAGGUCGUCUUUACGAGCUCCUAUCGGGUCAAACUGGACAGGUACCACCAACAACAGUCCCAGUAUUUGCAGAUGUCCGUGAUGUAGCAGAAGCUCAUGUACAAGCCAUCAUUAAGCAAUCCACCGGUCGGUUCUUGAUCUGCUCAGGCGCCUUCGACAACCAGCGUAUUGUGGAUUUAAUUCAUGAGCGGUUUCCCAAAGGCUCUUCUCGAACCCCUAAAGGUAAUCCUGGUGAACAUUGCCCUGCUGAUCAGGUUUAUCAAAUUGACUCCUCCAAGGCUAUCAACACUUUCGAUCUCAAGCUAAAAACUUUCGAGGAAACCUUUGGAGAUACUAUCGCCCAAUACCUUGAAAUUGAGGAAACAUCUACAACUUCUUGA